UAGUAGAGAAUUAGUAAGAAACAGUGCGAGUCAUACUCAACUGUUCACCGCUAUUAACUAAUUAACAGUGAUAAGUUAAUUUUACAUCACGGAAGACGACAGAUACAGGAUGUGUAUAUAUUUUUUUUAAAUCGCGUUUUUUGUAUAAGACACUUUCUAUCGGUGUCAGUAACACCGGCACUACAAUAGAGGCAUAAAACGCAGGCGUUCAUAGUUUACAAAGUAAUACACGCGCGUGGAAUUAGCGCCGACAGUCGAUAGAACUAACUGUACAUGCUUGCACGGCCGGUUUGCUGCAGAGGAGAGAGUCGGUGUGUAUAUUUACAGAUGGCGCGCGUGGCGAAUACAUCAGGACAUUUACACUACCCUAUCGCACGAGGGAACCCUCUCCGCUACAGUCGCAGUGAGAAGCCAUGCUUUGGUACAACAGUUGGUAAUACAUAAAUAUGAAGACGUGUGUUUGGGACAGACUUUUCAAUGUUAUUUAUGGAUCAAAUUAGCAAUAAAUAACAUUCAACAACGUCACACUUCUGUUUAUAGGGAUUCUAAAAUGUGAUAUAUUUUCUUGCAAGCAAUAACAAAAAAACCGGCAAGGAUUUCUUUACCAAAAGGUGGAAACAGGAUCUUUAAAUAUUUGAUGGACAAACUGCUGUGAUAUAAGGACUAUGCACGUGCUACUCGGAGACUCUACGAAAUGCUACGAUACCUAAAUAUAUGACAUUAGGCAUAGCAACCCUUCAUUGAGCUAUAGUGAUUGAACUGUACAGACCUAAAUGUAGUCCGGAAAAAACAGAAUGAAGAACGAAGACGAUGAAACCGAGCAAGCAGUCAAAGCAAAACGCAGGAAAGGUUCGAAAAAGAAAGAAAAGAAAAAGAAAGUCGCGGGAAAAGAAAACGAACCUAAAAUAGCAAUAGAAAAUGAAACGGAUGAAGUGUUUGUCGCCGGAAACGAGAAUAAAGAGGAAAACGGGUCUCAGAAGGAGCAGACAAGAAAAUUGGACGAUAAAAAUGUCGAUGGUGCUGAAAAUAAGCCUAGCAAUGAAAGAGUUAACACGUUGCCAAGAGCAACCCGUUCAAGGAGUACUUCAGAACGCCGGAGUUUAAAAAAUCUUUUCCGGAAGCCUAAACUUCAGAAACAAAGGUCACUUAGUACAGGUGGGAUACAGGACGCUGCGGGAAAUGACGUCACAGUUGUAGCAGCGUUGCGAGGGGACACUGUCACCCCCACGGAUCGGAAACUGGCGGGAGAAUUUGGAUUGGUCGACAAAAUUGAUUCUCCAUCUGAUCCACGUGUCAAAAUUAAACGUAUGACUGUUGGGGAAGCUAAAAAGGUAAAAAGUACCAGUAAGUCCCCGGUUAGUGAGUUAUCUCCUAUGGAUGUAUUCCAAUUGAAACCGACAUUAGAGGGUGUAGGGAAGUCGGAAUCUAUGGAAUCGCAUUCGUCAUCUUUACCAGAUCUCACAAAUAUCGAGUGUUCUAUUCCAUUUUCGAAAAAUGACGAAGAUAAAAAAAUAUACAGAAGGUCAGUUAGUGCAGAUAUAGGACGACGAAAUAAAGACCCAGUGAGUCAUACACAUUCAGGAUUGGGUAAUUAUGAAAACCCUAAAAGUGAAACACAACUUGAAAACAAAAACGAUCCAUCAUCCACAUCUCAGGCAGUUCCUAGCAACGUUCCAUUAUCAAACAUGGUAUCUAACAGUGCAUUUAUCGAUGAAGGAAACGAUGGAGUUAAAAGCCAGAAUUCAGUAGCAACGCCACACUCGCUUGAAUCAAACAAACAACCCCCUCAUUCUAGCCAUACAACCAGUAACCUUGAUAAAACCCUAAGUACUUCUACUUCCACUGACCCCAUUGAUGCUGAACAACUUGAAAAGAAUCGUAAAGAAUCGUUUUCUAACUUCAUGAAUCUUAGUCAGAAUCUACCUCUACAUUCAGGUUCAUUUGGACCUAAACUAGUGAAACAUAAUAAUGAGGAGAAAUAUGAUACAAAAAGUGAGAGUGAGACAGUUCCAAUACCGGAAGCGGAAAUAUGUACAAAAGGUAAGAUUCCAGACUCUUUAUCAUUGUUUCUUGGUAAAUCUAAGGUUGAACAAGAGGUUAUAAAUGUUAAUGACAAAGCGCAAAAGAUAACAAAUAAUGAUAUACUACAGGACAGUAAAGAUAAAGUCGAGGAAAAAAGGACAUAUCCGUUUUCAAAACAAAACAUUAAAGAUCUACCUGCAUCACAAGGUGGUGACCAUGUAACAGCGUGGCUGACUGGUUCUCAGGAUACGAUCAGAAAAGAGAAAAGAGGAUUAAAGUUAAGCGACAGUACCACUCCUCUCGAUGAAAAGAAAAAUAUUGAAUCUGAUUUUAGUAAUGCUGAGUCUCGUGAGCGAGGCAGAGAUGCUUCCGAUCAAAAAGAUCAAAAACAGAGCAGGACAUUGUCAAGAAGUACAUACAAAUCUCCUCGGCGAUUUAGUGGAAGGAGUUUAUCAAAAGGUAAAGACAAAGAAUCCAAAGUAAAAGAUUCAAAAGAUUCGGAUAAACAAGGUGAAAUGAUUGAGGAGAAAGUGUACGACAAAGGAAAACAAGACUCCGAAAGAGAACAGAAAAAAACACAGAAAGAACUGCGAUUACAUAAAGAUGAUAAAAGUCACGCUGAUAUUGCAUCGAUUUCAGACAUUCCGAAAAAAGGAUUUCCCUUGUUAUCCGAAUCACCAAGGAUUACUAAUGUUACAAAUAACUUGCUAGAGAAAACAAAUAAAGGAAACGUUGCGAAGCCGUUGGUAUAUACAACGGGAACACAAUCUGAAAUCGAAGAUGUAGAGAAACGAAAGCGUAGCACUCCUAUAUCUAGAAGUGUUCAAACCUCGCUGGAAAGUCUCAAAUAUGAUAAAAAGGAUGAAAUGUCAAAAAGUAAAGUGAAUCUUCGCACCACCGCUGAAGGGAUUAUGAAGAAAACACACCAACAAAACGUAGGCUGCUCCUCGGACGAACAAGGUAAAUCUGAUGACAAGAUUACGACAUCAAAAGUUAUUCUUGAUAAAACAAAGAGAAAAUCGUCUCGAAAUUCUAGCUCAGAUAGCGACAUGGCUAUUGAUAUAUCAGAAAUUGAUGAUUAUUCAGUUUUUAAAACACCCGAAUCCACUCCAGCUUUUAAGCGUAAAAAAUUGCCACCCCUAAGUGAAAUUCAGACUCUAUCGGCGGAGGUACAAAAGGACUUUGACACACCUGAUAGCGCCCCGAGACUCGCUGGGAUUCUAAAACAUUCAACAGGUGACCCGAUUGUAAACACGGAGUGUGAAAAAGAGGAGGACACUCCAAAACCUCCGAAAAAGCUUUCCCUUAUGGACAUUAUAACAAUGAAAAGACGACUUUCAAAACAUCGUAAGAAAUCGGAUUUAUCUAAAAGAAGGGCAAGUAAGCGAUCAGUUAAGUCAUUAGACAAAGAAGAUGUGAAAGAAAACAAGAAAAAAGACGCGGAGAAAAAAUCGGAUAAAACUGGGGAACCGCAUGUCAAAACUGACACAAAGGUAAUCAUAGAAAACGAAACUAAUCUAAGCCUCAGUAAACUCGCUUUACUACAGGAAACAGACAUUGUGGAUGACUUCAUCGAUUUAAACGAUGACCUUCCAAAGAAACAUAUUAAAUUUGAACCGGGUGAUGAACCAGUGGCCUCGGAUGAACCACUUGACGACGAACCUGCUAUACCGCCACCUCGUCACCUAGCAACAAGACGGGAGAGUCGGAUGUUAGAAAAACGUCGGAAAGUGAUCAGUUGUUGUAAGCAAUUUAUAGCGUUCUUGUUUUCCCAUAUAGGGUUGUGUUCCCUCGUUGUAGCUUAUUCCAUUCUCGGCGGAUUCAUUUUCCAGGCUCUCGAAGCUCCAUUCGAGCAACAGACCAGAAUUCGUGUGAAAAACGAAAGGGAAUCUGCUAUCACGCAAAUUAUGCAACUAGCAAUUGAAUUAGAAAUGAACAAACGCAGCCGGGAUAAUUUUACCAAAGAGGUGAACUCACUUCUAGUGAGUUUCCAAACGGAAGUGUGGAAGGCGACGGAAAUGAAUGGGUGGAACAACAAAGAUGAUCAAAGCGAGUCCGAAUUACAGUGGUCUUUUGCAAGUUCUCUUCUUUUUGCUAUCACUGUGAUGACAACCAUUGGUUAUGGUCACGUGGCUCCGAAGACGGAUUAUGGUAGGAUUGUUACCAUUGGUUACGCUGUGCUUGGAAUACCUCUAACGUUAUUGUGCCUAACAAACAUAGGUGACCUAAUGGCCACAGGGUUCCGAAUGCUUUAUGCUAAAGUUUGCUGUGGUGUGUGCUGUGUGUUGUUCAGUCCAACAAAACGUCGACUACCAGAUCCAGAAAAAGGCAUCGAGGAAGAAAUGGUUGUCCAAGGAGAGGAGAAAUCACCAGGGGAAACAAUCCAUGUGCCUACAUCAUUAUGUAUACUAGUAAUGACAGCGUACAUAUUGCUAGGGACACUUCUUUUCUCAAUUUGGGAAGGUUGGGAUGUCAUUACCGGAACUUACUUUUCCUUUAUUACUCUAAGUACCAUUGGUUUCGGUGACGUAGUCCCAGGGACUGCUAUGGACCAGUGGGCGAAUGAACAGAAACUCGUCCUGUGCGCGAUGUACCUUGUGUUUGGACUCUCGCUUAUUGCUAUGUGUUUCAACUUAGUUCAAGAAGAUGUGAAGGCCAAGUGUCGAUGGCUUGGAGGGAAAAUAGGCAUCAUUUGAUAUCUUAUGUUCAACAUUUGAUGCAAACCUACGAUGUUCUAUACGAAUCAUGCAUAGGAAGACUAUUAAAGUGUUUUCUUAUGAAAUUCCCCUUCGAUAAUGCUGCGAUGGCAAAGCACCCGAUAGAAGAGAAAUCUUUGUUUCGUACUUGUACAUUGUACGUUUGAAACUGUCUGACGAAGGAAAUCACUGCUCCAUAUAUAUAGUAAUUUAGAAAAGUAGCAAUAGGUUGGUAUGCAACCAUAAGUGGAUCAUAAGAAAAGCAAAGAAAUUUACCAAGUAGUCAAUCAAAGAUAUCAAGCCAAGCGAUGACUGUCGAUGGCACGUGUUAACUCAAAAAACUUUGAUUGGUAGAUGGAUCAAACGAUUUAAAAAAAGGCAAAUCGUGGAACUCGUCUAAAGUGGUUUGCCGUUCGUUUCCAUUAUAAUAGAAGAUACUAAAUGUGGAAGAGUGCAAUAAGUCAUGGUCAAACAGGUGUUUUUAUCAUGUGCAUUUGUAAUAUAUAUGACUAAUGGUUCUCUAUGCCGUCAAUGCAAACGUUCUGUUCAUGAAUUAUAUGUGGUAAGUGUUCCUCUGGUUAUCACUCAUCAAAUAGUUCACAUACUUUAAGAUACAUGUUCCGCUUUUACAAACGAUUUGUGUUUCUGUUUUUACCUGUUUGAUCAUUUUAAAGUAUGGAUAUGAAUUGAAUAACCUAUCACUAAAGCAAGGAGUUUCUUUUUCAAUGUAUUAUAAUUUAUAAUUAAAAUAGUCGACUCGCAUGCAACAGAGAAGGUAGUGACCACAGAAUGAUGUGACUUUCAUAAAUAGAGAAUGCUAUUGAUAUGACAUAGCUGCUCAGUCAUGUAAUUCUGUUAACACUUUAUGUGAAAACGAAGAUGUGAUUUGUUCAAAGUUAGAUAUCAAUUGUCAUUCGAUUUUUUUCAAAACCCUCCUCAAAUAGCAACAUGAAAGAAAUAUAUCUAUUUUCGUUUUACAUCAGCCCUCAAUUAUUUUAUAUUUGUGGAAACACACAUUACAAUGGUGUGAAAAACUCCUCACUCAUUUCCAUCCUCAUAAAUCAAGUUAAUGUCAGAAAAAUAUACCAGUCCAUAAUGCUCUAGUUUUCUGAUGAAGACAGCGUAUUGAAUUUUCAUCAAGCUAAACAGGCUUUGAACAUUAGGAUUCUGGUUAUAUUUUAAGUAUUUAUAUCUUAAUUAUUUACGGAUGGGAUUUAACAUGCAUUUUCUCGAAUUCCCUGAUCCUUCACAAUUUGUAAAUCUGUAUCUGGCCUAUGGUAUACGUGGAAGUGCUGUGGAUAUUGGUCAUUAUGUAGUUCAUCCAAGUACAUAUUUUAUAUAAGAGUCCUGCAGAAUCAUUAAGACCAUACAUAUUAGCAAUGCAUAUAGUGAUUAGUGUUAUCUAUAUGAUUAGUUAACAUUUAAAAUCAUCCUGACUUCCCCGUUAUCUUUAUGCUUUUAAUUAGUCUUUAGAAAUAACAUGCUGCUUUAAAUUCCAAAACGUCAGUCUAAAUCAUUGCUGCAUCAUGUGCCAUAAUACUCAUAUUUCUUGAGGGGUGAGACGAGUAAGCAGUCUUUUCAUAUAUCGAACCGUACUUAGUUUUCUCCCUGAGGUUUACGUCUAAACCACUGCCAUCCUAAGAGAAAACAAUCUUGUGAGGAGAAAAACAGAGAGAGGAAGAAUCUUCAGAAAACUAUUAUUUGUAAAUAGUCACGUACAUAUUAUAUUCCUAAUGUCGAUUUGAGUUAAUUGACAUUAAAGCGGCCAGAGUUGUAUUCCCCUCAUUUUACCCCAGAUUUGUUUUUUUUUUAAUUUUACAUUGCCAACGAUUUCGCAUCUGUUUUAGUACUUAUUGACAUGUUGUACCUCUGUUUCAUUGUUUGCUAAAUUGUUUCUAUUUCUUUUACUCUAUCUCUGCCAAUCCCAAUCAAAAAGGAAGACACAUUUUUUAUUGAAGGAGCAGCAGCUUAAAAAGUGAUCGUGACAAAAGUACGAAUGUGAGUGCAAUGGCUUGUGUUCACGAUAGCAAUACAUGUUUGUGAAAGCACAUGUAACUUUUAAUCGGAAGUGAUAAGAUAGCUUAUAAAACAAGUGCUUAAACGAUAUCAAUAUGAAGAUUAUAAGACUCUUUCAUGCCUAGGGGUGUAUGAUAGGGAAAUUCCACCCGAGGAAUUUGCAAAUUUGGUAAAGCCUCGGGAUUUUGCCAAUUUUGAAAAUCUCAACGGGUGUAAUUUCCCUAUCCUACACCAUUGGGCAUGAAAGAGUAUUUUUCUCUCAUUCCAAUCACCAGAGUAAGCUCAGAAACCAUGAAAAUGCGUUUGGACUGGCCACCAUUUUAAAAAUAUCAAUUUUCCCCCUGAGCGUUUUGGACGAAAUCGAAUUAGCCGGCCAGAUUAAGCAUAUAUCCCAUAUUUGCAGACACUGUUUGCGCAGAAAAAAAAUAAUCACAUCUUUCUAACAUGUACGAUAAAUAUAUAAUAAAAGGUUUUAAUUUCAUCACGUCGCCUUUUCCGCAUUGCUGCAUUGGAGAGUUCCAAAUUCAUGACGUCAAGUCAUCGUUGAGUCAUUGUGACGUCACGUCACGUGAAAUGGGGUGUAAGAUAGAAAUUUCCUACAUCCCUUUCUUACACUGGACAUCUCUAUUUUAUACACAGGGAAAUGAGAGAAACUUUAAUCCUAUUUAUUCUAAUUCCAUUUCACAUGUCUCAGUUAUGAAAACAAUAAUAAGAUUUAUAUUUGCAUAUAGCAAAUCUCCAAUUUAAAGGACUUCCAUCGCUAUGUUUUCUUUUUGAUCCCAUUGUCUUUGUUAUUGUAAGUGCAUAUAUGCAUGUUUCAUUGUACUACAGCAUUUCUGUUUGAUUGUGCUGAUGUUGCCUUGCCUUUAUACAGCAAAAACACUAUCUGACAUUGUGUUACAUUGUUGGAACUUACUACUUUUUAUAAUGUUACACAAGAAACAUCAUUAUGUAUAAAUAUAUUUACCCAACACUUACAACUGUAGAUUAGUUGAUUAAUUUGUAUAACUACAACUUAAUUUUAUGCAACAAGUUGUUUGGAUAUUGAAAAAUGCAAUCAGAUUGAAUAGGAAUUUGCCAUUUAUCACUUGUAAUAUUUAGGCCAACUAUUGCGAAAGUCAAAAUUUGUCUGGGGAUGAGAAAACUUUGGCUGUUUCGCAGUAAAUAAAGGCCCAUCGCUCUGUGUAGAGUUGGGAAUGCUAUUUCAAUAUGCAACAGUCCUCGAUCAUCAGAUGUACACAAAUACAACAUCUAUGACUUGUAGGUAACAGAAUAAAUGAUAUAUGACAAACUGACGCACUGUUAACCAAUGACCAUGACUCCAGAACGUACCUGUCACUACGCGAUACUUUGCCAUCGAAAGAGACUCUCACAUACGAAAUUGACAAAUUGAAAUUAAAUACAAUAUGUCUCAGACAAA